AUGGCUCCAAGCGCAACAGACUCGUGGACGCAGUCGCAAGACGAGAAAGCAGCAUCUGGUUUCAUCAACUAUGCGCGUAACUCUGUCGAUCGAGUCGUCCCUCCUAGUUCACGACAGAAAGCUUAUGAUAAUACUAUGUCCUUUGCUUCCUCGCGACCUAUUCUUUUCUCUUUCAUUGUAUCACAGCUUCUACUUUCAUUCCUGCCUCUUCUCAUCUUUGUGAUCUUUUCUCUGUCAACUAUUCUUUUCGCCCUUGGCUCCGCCAUCAUCUUUGCCCUGUUCUGGAUCGGUGUCGCACUCUUGAUUCUCGUCCCCGCGUUGCUUGUCACCUCGUCUAUUGCAGUACUUGUCUGGGGCUGGGCAGUUGGCAGCUUCGUCGUUGCGCGAUGGCUGUACAACCUUUCUUCUGUCAAUGUGCAGAACGGUGAGGUUGUGAAGAAGGAGAAUGGCAAUUAG